UUGAUAAUGUACCAAAGUCGGUCAGCUGUCACUCGGGAAUUGGCUGACGACUCUGUGUCGUCGUGGCAUCCUUACUCAUUGGUUGUAAAGUAAAGAGAUGAAGAUUUAUCUGGUUUUCGUGGCCCUACUCAGCGUGGCAGUGGCUGAGGUGGCAAAGUUCACAAAAUGUGAUGAAUAUUCCGACGAUAUCUGUGAGGUGACGGAAGUUCGGGUGACUCCGUGCAAAAAUGGCAAGCCCCCCUGCAAGCUGACGAAAGGAAAAGAAUCAAGCAUCCAAUUUGAUUUUACUCCAAAAUUCGCCGCAGACAAGUUAAUGACAGGGCUGUGGUGGGCGUCAGACACCGGCGACGUCCCUUUCGACGCCUUCUCCAACGUCGACGCCUGCCUCUAUACCAGCUGCCCGAUACAGGCCGGCCAGAAGCAAGAACUCUCGUACAAGUUGCUACUUAGCAAGCUCCUGCCUAAUGGUAUAUACACGUUCAAGUGGAAGCUGUGGAACACCGAUGAUGCGACCAAGGGGUGCUGCUUCAAGACCGAGGUCCAGCUGCGAAAGUAGACGUUGUCUGACGCGUUGUGUCAAGUAAUAAACGAUACUUUCCAAA